AGCAGCGGCAGCAGCAGCAACCACCAACACUGCUACUGCGCAGCGACAGCCAGAGGGUUAAAAGUGUAGAUUGGAUUUCACCCCGGGAAAUCUAGCUCAAGAAGUGAACUUGAAUCUUUGGCUAUUUAAGGAGGACUGGGUUUGUUGUUAAGUUGUGGUGAUCCAGGGCAGAGCCCGAUCCUGAUUGAUCUCAUCUUGAGUCUCAGAUAUCUGACUGUAAAAUGAAUAGAUGAAGUUAUUGCUUCUGGAGGCUUUUCUUGGGGGAUCUCCGGAAAGUGCGUUUUAAGGCGAAGUCAUGAUGUAUUCGCCCAUCUGUCUCACUCAGGAUGAAUUUCACCCAUUCAUCGAGGCACUUCUUCCACAUGUCCGUGCAAUCGCCUAUACGUGGUUCAACCUGCAGGCUCGAAAACGCAAGUACUUUAAAAAACACGAGAAGCGAAUGUCAAAGGAUGAGGAAAGAGCAGUCAAAGAUGAGCUUCUUAGUGAAAAGCCUGAAAUCAAACAGAAGUGGGCAUCUAGGCUCCUCGCCAAGCUGCGCAAAGACAUCCGCCAAGAGUACCGGGAGGAUUUCGUGCUCACCGUGACUGGGAAGAAGCACCCAUGCUGUGUAUUAUCCAAUCCCGACCAGAAGGGUAAGAUUAGGAGAAUCGACUGCCUGCGACAGGCUGACAAAGUCUGGCGUCUGGAUCUAGUCAUGGUGAUCCUGUUCAAAGGCAUCCCUUUGGAAAGUACGGAUGGAGAACGGCUCAUGAAAUCCCCACAUUGCACAAAUCCAGCACUUUGCGUCCAGCCACAUCAUAUAACAGUAUCAGUUAAAGAGCUUGAUUUGUUUUUGGCAUACUACGUGCAGGAGCAAGAUUCUGGACAAUCAGGAAGUCCAAGCCACAAUGAUCCUGCCAAGAAUCCUCCAGGGUACCUUGAGGACAGUUUUGUAAAAUCUGGAGUCUUCAACGUGGCAGAACUUGUGAGGGUGUCCAGAACACCUAUAACCCAGGGAACUGGGGUAAACUUCCCAAUUGGAGAGAUCCCGAGCCAGCCAUACUACCAUGACAUGAACUCCGGUGUAAAUCUACAAAGGUCACUGUCUUCUCCACCAAGCAGCAAAAGACCCAAAACUAUAUCCAUAGAUGAAAAUAUGGAACCAAGUCCUACAGGAGACUUUUAUCCUUCUCCAAAUUCUCCAGCUGCUGCAAGUCGGACAUGGCAUGAAAGGGAUCAAGAUAUGUCUUCUCCUACUGCUAUGAAGAAGCCUGAAAAGCCAUUGUUUAGCCCUACGUCUCCGCAGGACUCUUCACCCAGAUUGAGCACUUUUCCUCAGCACCACCAUCCCGGAAUCGCAGGAGUUGCACACAGUGUCAUCUCAACCAGAACGUCACCGUCGCCAUUGCCAUUCCCUGCACAAGCUAUACUUCCUCCAGCCCCAACAAGCUACUUUUCUCAUCCUACAAUCAGAUAUCCUCCUCACCUGAAUCCUCAGGAUACUCUGAAGAAUUAUGUACCUUCUUAUGACCCAUCUAGUCCACAGACAAGCCAGCCCAACAGCAGUGGUCAAGUAGUAGGGAAAGUGCCCGGCCAUUUCACUCCAGUUUUGGCACCCUCUCCCCAUCACAGUGCAGUGCGACCUGUGACCCUGACCAUGACAGAUACUAAACCCAUCACUACAUCCACUGAAGGUGAGGCAGCUUCACCUACAGCAACCACCUACACAGCCUCAGGCACAUCUCAAGCCAAUCGAUAUGUGGGACUAAGCCCAAGAGACCCAUCCUUCCUACACCAGCAACAGCUGAGGAUUUGUGACUGGACCAUGAAUCAAAACGGCAGGCAUUUAUACCCCAGUGCCAGUGAGGAUACAUUGGGAAUUACUUGGCAAAGUCCUGGUACCUGGGCUAGCUUGGUCCCUUUUCAAGUAUCAAACAGGACACCAAUCCUGCCAACAAAUGUCCAAAAUUAUGGUUUGAACAUAAUUGGAGAACCUUUCCUUCAAGCAGAAACAAGCAACUGAGGGAAAACCAAAAGAACAACAACAACAACAAAACCACACAACAAAAAUUUUAAAACAGGAAAAA